CAAGCGAUUCUCCAGCCUUAGCCUCCCGAGUAGCUGGGAUUACAGGCGCCCGCCACCACGCCCGCCCGGAUUCAUUGAAAUAUUUUUAAAUCUGCAUGUACUUUAAAGAAAUAUCUUUGAGUCGGUGGAUUGAACAUGACUGAUGUAUGUAGACUUAUAAUUUCUCUUAUUGAGGUUCUUAUUUAUUGUAAUGAAAGAAAUUAAAUAUUGUUGAGAAAGUGAGGAGACUAAACAUAGGUACUUUGAGAUAGAGGCUAAUGGAAUUAGUCAUAACUCCCUAGCAGUGUUUUCAACAUGAGUACAGUAAUGAAGACAGUCACCACAAUAAAUAGGUACAUUUGAAGUAAUAAGAUAGUAUUUUGGAAAUGGGAAGUACAGAAUGUGUCAUAAAAUUUGCCAGAAUGUUUUUCACUGCUUUGCGUUUGUGUGAACUUACAUUUCUUUUUUUUCCUUCUUCACUUAAAAACAUUAUUUUUUAGAGGAGAGAAGCUCCUACUAGAUUGCAAGCUUCCUGAAAGUAGGGAUCAAACUUGUUUUGUUCCCCAUUGUAUCCAUAGUCAGUUGGUGCUCAGUAAAUAUUUGCGACCCAAAUCAAUGACUAAUCUUGAGAUUUCAAGCAAUGAUUAUUUCUACUUUUACCAUUUAUGUUGAAACAAAAUCAGGCUUGUAUAGUUAGAUCAGUGAUUUAAUUUAGUUUGCUACUAUGUUAAAAAAAAAUUUCACAGUGUAUGUUGAGAGUGGUUCACUGUGUGCAUGUGUCCUAAUGUGUGAUUUCUUUUAAUGAGAAAAUGAUGAAUGUCUUUUAAUAAACUGAUACUGCUUUAAGUAGUGACGUUUAAAAAUUUCUAGGCAUUUUAUCUGUCUGCCAUCUUAGCUAUUUGCAGUGAUCUGUUACUCUAGGAGGAAGCAUUUAAAGAUGGAUAAUUCAGUAAAUGGUGUUGGAACAACUACUGAGUCAUUACACCACAUUGAAUAAAUUCCAGAUUGAUUAAAGAUCUAAAUAUAAAACAACAAAGUUGUAAUAAAAUAGAGGAAAGCAUAGAUUAUUUUAAUAAUUCUUGGAUGGCAGAAGAGGCCUAAGCAAAGCUUAAGAAUUCAUUAUCCAUAAGAGAAGAAAUUGGCAGAUUUGAUUGCAGAAAAAAUUUUAAAACUUUGAUAAAAGACAUCUCAAGUUAGUACAAAUAAGAAGGCAAGCCAACAGAAUCAAGGACAAAGGAUUGGAACAGGCAUUUCACAAAAGCGUGAAAUAUAGAUGGACAGUGAACAGAUGAAAAGAUGUUCUCUAUCCCUAAUAAUAUACAGCAUCCUCCCGCCCCUGCCAUCAGAUGGACAAAAGUGAAUAUGAUUUCUAGUACUAGUAGGGCAUGGAGAAAACAGUUACUCUCAAACUAUUGGGUCUGUAAGUUAGUAUUACUUUUUGGGAACUUAAUGUAGCAAUAUUUAUUAAAAUGAUAUUCUCUGGCCUGAAAAUUCUACUUAUGGGGGUUUAUCUGAUAGAAAUGUAAAGACCAAUACUUAAAGAAAUACACAGUGAUAUUAAUUGCAGCAUUAUUUGUAAUAGCGAAAAACUAGAAAUGUUUUAAAUAUAUGUCAAAUUAUUGUAUACCAAUCCAGCAAUUCCAUUUCUGGGCAUGUAUCCAAAGGAAUUGAAAUUGUCUAAGAGGUAUGUGCAGUCCCAUGUUCAUUGCAGCAGUAUUCACAAUAGCCAAGAUAUGGCAGCAACCUACGUGUUUAUCAGUGGAUGAAUGGAUAAAGAAAAUGUAUAUAAGAUACAAUGGAAUACUAUUCAGCUUUAAAAAAGAAGGAAACCCUAUCAUUUGUGAUAAAAUGGAUGAAUCUGGAGGACAUUAUGCUAAAUGAAAUAAGCUAGACAUAGAAAGACAAGUAGUGAUCUAAAGUCUAAUCUUUUUAGGGAAAUCUGAGAAAGUUGAUCUCCUAGAAACAGAAUAGAAGGGUGGUUACCUGCUUUUCCGCGCUACCUAUAGAGGGGUCCAUAUGGCAUUGUUCUGGAUUCCCGUCGUAACUUAAAGGGAAACUUUCGCAAUGUCCGGAGCCCUUGAUGUCCUGCGAAUGAAGGAGGAGGAUGUCCUUAAGUUCCUUGCAGCAGGAACCCACUUAGGUGGCACCAAUCUUGACUUCCAGAUGGAACAGUACAUCUAUAAAAGGAAAAGUGAUGGCAUCUAUAUCAUAAAUCUGAAGAGGACCUGGGAGAAGCUUCUGCUGGCAGCUCGUGCUGUUGUUGCCAUUGAAAACCCUGCUGAUGUCAGUGUUAUAUCCUCCAGGAAUACUGGCCAGAGGGCUGUGCUGAAGUUUGCUGCUGCCACUGGAGCCACUCCAGUUGCUGGCCGCUUCACUCCCGGAACCUUCACUAACCAGAUCCAGGCAGCCUUACGGGAGCCACGGCUUCUUGUGGUUACUGACCCCAGGGCUGACCACCAGCCUCUCACGGAGGCAUCUUAUGUUAACCUACCUACCAUUGCGCUGUGUAACACAGAUUCUCCUCUGCGCUAUGUGGACAUUGCCAUCCCAUGCAACAACAAGGGAGCUCACUCAGUGGGUUUGAUGUGGUGGAUGCUGGCUUGGGAAGUUCUGUGCAUGCGUGGCACCAUUUCCCGUGAACACCCAUGGGAGGUCAUGCCUGAUCUCUACUUCUACAGAGACCCUGAAGAGAUUGAAAAAGAAGAGCAGGCUGCUGCUGAAAAGGCAGUGACCAAGGAGGAAUUUCAGGGUGAGUGGACUGCUCCAGCUCCUGAGUUCACUGCUACUCAGCCUGAGGUUGCAGACUGGUGUGAAGGUGUACAGGUGCCCUCUGUGCCUAUUCAGCAGUUUCCUACUGAAGACUGGAGCCCUCAGCCUGCCACGGAAGACUGGCCUGCAGCUCCCACUGCUCAGGCCACUGAAUGGGUAGGAGCAACCACUGACUGGUCUUAAGCUGUUCUUGCACAGGCUCUUAAGCAACAUGGAAAAAUGGUUGAUGGAAAAUAAACAUCAGUUUCUAAAAAAAAAAAAAAAAAAAAAAAGUGGUUACCAGAGGCUGAGAUGGGGAAGAGGAAUGAAGAAGAGAUGUUGCAAAGUUUGUUAGACUAGAAGAAAAAGUUUUAGUGAUCUAUUGCACUGCAAGGUGACCACAGUUAAUAAUAAUGUAUUAUAUAUUUCAAAAUUGCUAAAGGCUUAGAUUUAUAAUAUUCUCACCACAAAAAUUUAAGUUGGUGCGGUGAUGGAUAUAUUAAUUAGCUUGAUUUAUUCUUUAGAUCAAAAUAUCACAUUGUACCUCCUAAAUACACACAGUUAUUAUUUGUCAAAAACAUUUAUACAAAAAUUAUGGUCACAUUUUUACAGAUCCGAAAAUGAAGAAAUCUAUCUGUUAAAUACAUUGUCUUGAAAGCUAUAGUUAUAUUAAGUAAAAAGUUAUAAAAUAUCUAUUUUGUAUGAACUCAUGAAAUCUAUAUAAACAUUACAUAUAUUUAUAUAUGUUAAGAAUAUUCAACUAAUUUUAACUAGCGAUUGGGAUAAUAAAGAUAAGAGUGUUGAUAGAGGGUGGAGGAACUGUAUUUCUGAAUUGUUUGAAUUACUAUAGUGAGCAUAGUUUACUUUUGUAAUUUAAAUGAUUGUAAUUGUUAAAAUUUAUAGGAUUAUAUUUUGUCAAGAAGUGAAAACAGGAGGCUGCCUUAAUCUGUUUUGUGUUGCUAUAACAGAAUACCACAGACUAGGUAAGUUAUAAAGAAAAAAAUUUAAGUCUCACAUUUCUGGAGGCAAUGAACUCCAGCUUCAAGGUGCCAGUAUCUGAUGGGAGCCUUUGUGCUGCAUUAUCCUGUGGCAGAAGGUGGAAAGGCCAGGGAGGGCAAGAGCCAGAGACUGAGAGGGCUAACCUUGCUUUUAUAACAACCUACUCUUGGGAUAAAGAUGAAUCCAUUCAUGAGGGUGGAGCCCUCAUGACCUAAUCACCUCUUAACAAUCUCACCUCUUAAUACUAUCAGAAUGGCAAUUCCAUUUCAGCAUGAGUUGUGGAGGGGAUAUUCAGACUAUAGCAGUGGUUAAAGUAAUAAUUUACCGGAAACCCUGUGUUUGACUUGUAAAUGACUUAUACAUGUGACUCAAAUCCAGCAACUAUUCACAGUAUUCUAUUUCUGGUAGUGCAGGUUGGAGAUAUGUAUCUAUAUAGAUCUAUUAUAACUUAAGUAAUUAUGCAUCUGUUUUUGUAGUUGAGAGCUCUAAUUUUUAGUGUAUCUAACACUUUGCUUAUUACCCUUCCUUCCUGUGGACGUGAGCUAACACUGAUUAUUUCUUUUGGAAACAUUUAAAGAUACCUGGCAUCUCUCUGUGGUAUUCUUGAAGUGACUUCUUUGAGAUCCUUAUUCAUAAGGAUAUCUUUUUAGAAGUCUUCUCUGAACUCCCCAGUUUAAGUGAACUGCUUUUAUCUCCUUACUACCAGUGUUUCCCUUGCCAACUUUUCUCAGUUAUUAUUCCUAAAUAGGACUUACUCUAUCCAUUUCUACUGCUGUUACCUUUGUUCCAAGCUUUGUCAUUUUUUGCUUAGAUAACCAUAGUAGUCUCUGAAUUGAUUUCUCUGCUUCCAGUCUGGCUUCCUUCCAGCAGAGUCCAUACACUGCAAGCCUCAGUGGGUCUUUUGUUUGUUUUGUUUUAUUUUAAUUU